AGAGAGAGAGAGGUUGUGAAAAGACCGGCAGGAGGAGUGGGACUAGCUAUAAGGACACUAGCGACUCUUAAAAUCCAGCAGCUCCUCUGUUUUUUAUGCAGGAGAUUUGAAGAAACAAACAAGAAAACAGGAGGAGCUGUGAUUGAAGCCCGUUAUAGAAAAGUGGCCGAAGAUCAUCGUCGGUAUUUUUACAUCUUUUUAAAAAAAAUAUAUCCUCAGCGGCACAGACACUUGGGGACCGAGGGGACCGACCAUGACAAGGGCUGUGGAUGUUGUGCUGACUCUGCUGCUCGCCGCGUCCCUGUCGUGCCGGAGCGCCCUCGGCGGGUACGGGAUGAGCCUGUUCGCUGCGCAGACCUCUCCCCCGGACCCCUGCUACGACGAGCACGGCAACCCGCGGCGCUGCAUCCCGGACUUCGUCAACUCCGCCUUCGGGAAGGAAGUGAAGGUGUCCAGCACCUGCGGCAAGGUGCCCGGUCGCUACUGCGUGGUCACGUCGGCGGAGAAAGGAGACGAGAGGACCAGGAACUGUCACACCUGCGAUGCCUCGGACCCCAAGAAGUACCACCCUCCUGCGUACCUGACGGACCUCAACAACCCGCACAACCUCACCUGCUGGCAGUCCGAGAACUUCAUCCAGUACCCGCAGAAUGUCACCCUGACUCUGUCCCUCGGAAAGAAGUUUGAGGUCACUUAUGUGAGCCUGCAGUUCUGCUCGCCUCGACCAGAAUCCAUGGUCAUUUACAAGUCCAUGGACAACGGUAAAACGUGGGUGCCCUUUCAGUUUUACUCGACCCAGUGCAGGAAGAUGUAUAACAAACCGAACCGGGCCGUUAUCACGAAGCAGAACGAGCAGGAGGCCGUGUGCACGGACUCCCACACCGACAUGUACCCUCUGACCGGCGGGCUCAUCGCCUUCAGCACGCUGGACGGCAGACCGUCGGCGCACGACUUUGACAACUCCCCGGUGCUGCAGGACUGGGUGACGGCCACCGACAUUAAAGUCAUCUUCAGCCGGUUGCACACUUUCGGCGACGAGAACGAGGACGACUCGGAGCUUGCCCGGGACUCGUACUUCUACGCCGUGUCGGACCUGCAGGUCGGAGGGAGAUGCAAAUGCAACGGGCACGCGUCUCGGUGCGUAAAGGACCGGGAUGGGAGUCUGGUGUGCGAGUGCAAGCACAACACCGCUGGGCCGGAAUGCGACAGGUGCAAACCUUUCCACUACGACAGACCGUGGCAGAGAGCCACAGCCAGGGAGGCCAACGAGUGUGUCGCCUGUAACUGCAACCUUCACGCCCGAAGGUGUCGUUUCAACAUGGAGCUGUACAAGCUAUCAGGGAGGAAGAGUGGAGGAGUCUGCCUCAACUGUCGCCAUAACACGGCUGGACGCCACUGCCACUACUGCAAGGAGGGCUACUACAGAGACCUGUCCAAACCUAUCUCACACAGGAAAGCCUGCAAAGCAUGCGAUUGCCAUCCCGUGGGUGCUGCUGGCAAAACCUGUAACCAAACCACAGGACAAUGUCCCUGUAAAGACGGCGUGACUGGUAUCACGUGCAACCGCUGUGCUAAAGGCUACCAGCAGAGCCGCUCGCCCAUUGCCCCCUGCAUAAAGAUUCCAGUUGCACCUCCUACAACCCCAUCAAGCAGUACAGAGGAGCCAUCAGACUGCGACUCUUAUUGCAAGGCGUCUAAAGGCAAACUGAAAAUCAACAUGAAGAAGUACUGCAAGAAAGAUUACGCCGUCCAGGUACACAUCCUGAAGGCAGACAAAGCUGGAGAGUGGUGGAAGUUCACCGUCAACAUCAUCUCCGUCUACAAGCAGGGCGAGAGCCGCAUCCGCCGCGGGGACCAGUUCCUGUGGGUCCGCGCCAAAGACGUGGCCUGCAAGUGUCCCAAGAUUAAGCCUGGGAAGAAGUACCUGCUGCUGGGGAAUGACGAGGACUCUCCCGGCCAGAGCGGAGUGGUGGCAGACAAAGGAAGCCUGGUUAUCCAGUGGAGGGACACAUGGGCGCGCAGGCUCAGGAAGUUCCAGCAGCGUGAGAAGAAAGGCAAGUGCAAGAAGCCAUAGGCGGAAAAAGAUGGAGAGGAUGCCGGAGAGGGAGAGGG